CUGCCUCGAACAUCAAAUUCCCACCAGGCGGCACCAUCAAAUUGGCCACUCCAAUUUGAUGACGCGCGAAUCAGAGCCGACCAGCAACAACAUAAAUCUCUGUGGCUCGCUCUCAUCAGUGUCGGUCCGUCGCCAACAACCACAGAGAAUGCACAGCGCGACAUCGACAAUGAGCGUAAAGGACAUGCCGGUCAAGGAGGCUCCGCAGGAGCUGCAGCAGGCGACGCUGGCGCCUGCACCAACCCCGAAGUCUAGUGCUGCACGUAUCGCCUCGGGACUCGGCUGGAUCGACCGCCUCCUCCCCCUGCUGAUAUUCAUCGCCAUCGUGCUCGGUAUUGUUAUCGGCAAGUACGCCAAAGAUGUGGACAGGGUGCUCGAAGGCGCGAGCCUGAACGGCGUGUCGAUUCCUAUUGUCGUCGGCCUGCUCGUCAUGAUGUGGCCUAUCCUCACGAAGGUGCAAUACGAGCGCUUUCCCGCCAUCUUCUCGAGUGUGCUCAUCUGGAAACACAUCGCCUGGUCCCUGCUAAUUAACUGGAUCAUCGCGCCAUUCGUCAUGCUCGCGCUCGCGUUCGCGACGCUGCCCGACCAGCCGACGUUCCGCGACGGCGUGCUGCUCGUCGGGAUUGCGCGGUGCAUCGCCAUGGUGAUGAUCUGGAGCACGCUCGCGGGCGGCGACACAAACUACUGCGCGAUCCUCGUGAUUAUCAACUCGGUCCUCCAGAUGGUGCUCUUCUCGCCCAUGUCGCUCCUGUUCAUCAACGUCAUCAGCAAGGGCUCCAUCCGGCUGCAGUACGGCAAGACGGCCAUCGACGUGCUCAUCUACCUCGGCAUCCCGCUGCUCGCGGGCGUGGUCACGCGGUUCGGCAUGCGCGCGCUGCUCGGCGAGAAGCGCUUCGAGGGCCCGUUCUUGACGUGGUUUAGCCCGCUCGCGCUCAUCGGGCUGCUGUAUACCAUCAUCCUCAUCUGCAUGCAGCAGGCGACCCGUAUCCUCUCGCACAUCGGCAUCGUCUUCCGCGUCAUGGUUCCCCUGGCGCUCUACUUUGCCAUCAUGUGGAGUUUGGUGUUUGCUCUGUUCAACUGGCUGUCCCGCAAGCGCGGCAUCGCAGCGGGCUACGACUACGACAAGGCGGUCGUGCAGUCGUUCACCGCGGCAAGCAACAACUUCGAGCUCGCCAUCGCCGUCGCCGUCGCCGUCUUCGGCGUAGGCUCGGACCAGGCCCUAGCCGCCACCCUCGGCCCGAUGGUCGAGGUGCCAGUGCUGCUGGCGCUGACGUACCUCUCCGUCUGGUUCCAGGGCAAGCUGCGCUGGGGCACCAAAGAGGAGAACGAGGCGGCUGCCGCGGCUGCGGGCGCGCCGGCGCCAGUGUAGUGCACACGCACGGGUGUGGACUGCGGCAUCAUCUAUCACUGUGUAUAAUACUAUAGAAUGCAUGAGUCGGGCAACACAA